UCAACAAGACCAGCAACAGUUGUCCAGACGAAAAUGUUCCCAUAUUCCCAAAUUUUAGAUAACUUUUUCCUUACUUUACAUAUAUAUUGUGAACGUUUAUUUUCCUUAUCACUGUCGUUAUAUGCUUUGCUUUGAUUACUUGUUUGAUGUAAAUCAGUCCCAGAACUUCAGUUAGGCAAUCAGGUGGGUCGAAGGAUUGUUGAUGUUAAAGCUUUUUGUUGGUUGAAUAAAAAAAACGCUGUUUUUUUUCUUGCUUCCAUUUGUAUUUUUAUUGCACAAUACAAAAAAGAGUUUCUGUAGACAUACUUGACUCGUGACUAAAGGAAUCUCCGCCCCACCGGCGUAUUCUACAAUCGCAAACGAGUACGCUAAACACAAAAAGGACGUACCCAUACUUCAAUUAACCAACCAAAUUCGUCCGAUGCCGGCCAGGUCGCACCCUAUUGGCUGGAGCUCUGCUGGAUCCAAGUGAUAACAUUUCCGCGUUGACACUUUUCAAUCCUCCAGAGCUUGUGGGCGUGAAAGGUUCUUCGCUCCACGUUUGGCAGGUUUUUCGGGAUUUUACGGUUCAUUUAAAUUGUCCUCCCUGUUGUGUGAAAGCAACAUGCAAGCACUAAGGAAUCUCUUUCGUGCUGCCUGGUCCUCAGAUGUGAGGCUCGAUGGCAAAACCGUGCUCAUCACAGGCGCCAACACUGGAAUUGGCAAAGAAGCUGCCAUCGACCUGGCAAAGAGAGGGGCUAAGGUAAUUCUAGCGUGCAGGGACAUGGAGAAAGCACAGGCGGCCGUCAAAGAGAUCAUCCAAAGUUCCGAAAACGACAACGUGGUCGCCAUGAAAUUGGACUUAUCAGACAGCAAGUCCAUCAGAGAAUUCGCCGAGGCCAUCAACAGAGACGAGCCGAAACUCAACAUCCUCAUAAACAACGCCGGAGUGAUGGUUUGUCCUUUUGGCAAAACGGCAGACGGCUUUGAGAUGCAGAUUGGGGUCAAUCACAUGGGUCACUUCCUGUUGACAUAUUUGUUGAUUGACCUGAUUAAAAAAUCAGCUCCGGCCAGGAUCGUCACCGUGUCCUCCAUGGCUCACGCCUGGGGCUCCAUCAAUCUGGAGGACAUCAACAGCGAGAAGUCCUACAACAAGAGCAAAGCCUACGCCCAGAGCAAGCUGGCCAAUGUGCUCUUCACCCGCUCGCUGGCCAAAAGACUGGAGGGCACAGGCGUGACGGCCUACUCGCUGCAUCCCGGAGUCGUCCAGACGGAUUUGUGGCGUCACCUGAGCAGCCCGGAGCAGUUUGUCAUGAAGAUCGUCAGUCCUUUUACCAAAAACUCCGUCCAGGGAGCCCAGACCACAAUUUACUGCGCGGUGGAGCCCUCGCUGGACAAGGAGAGCGGUGGAUACUACAGUGACUGUGCCGCGGCCAGCUGCUCGGCGGCGGGAAAAGACGACGACCUGGCGCUGAAGCUGUGGGAGCUGAGCUGCCGUAUGCUGUCCGUCACGAUGGAUGAAAGAGAAGACAGCAUUGCUGUGGUGGGGAUUGGAUGCAAUUUUCCUGGAGGAGAGGGACUUGACAAUUUCUGGAAGGUUCUGUUGGAAGGAAGAAACUGCACCGUGCCUAUUCCUAGGGAGAGAUUUGACUUAGCGAGGUGGUAUGACCCUGAUGACACCAAAGCGGGUAAAUCCCGCACAGCCAAGGCGGCUCUCAUUGAUGGGUUUAAUAUGUUUGAUCACAAGUUCUUUGGCAUAAGUGACAGCGAAGUGGAACAAAUGGAUCCUCAACAAAAACAGCUCCUCCAGUGUGUCUAUCGGGCUUUAGAGAAUGCUGGACUUCCCAUGGAGAAAGCCAGUGGCACCAGGACUGGAGUGUUUUUUGGGAUAAUGAACAGAGAUUAUGAAACAAAUUGUGCACACGCGCACCCAAGUGUGAUUGACCACUGGACCGGUACAGGGCUCGCCAUGAGUAUUGCAGCAAACAGAGUCUCCUACAUCUUCAACUUCACUGGACCCUCACUCUCCAUAGACUCUGCCUGUUCAUCAUCCCUUGUGGCUCUUCAUCUUGCCUGCCAGUCUAUCAAACGAGGAGAUUGCGACAUGGCUGUAACUGGAGGGGUCAGCUGCAUAUUUGAACCAAGAGUGUUUGUAGCGCUCAGUAAGGCGAAGAUGAUCUCACCAGAAGGGACCAGCAAGCCCUUUUCCAGCAGAGCAGAUGGAUACGGCCGAGGGGAGGGCUGUGGGGUCGUUCUCCUAAAACCACUAAAAAAGGCUCUUGAAGACAAUGACUACAUUUGGGGCAUCAUCCACAAAACUGCAGUCAACCAAGAUGGACACUCAGUCACUCCCAUCACCAAACCCUCCAUGACGCAACAAGAGGAUCUGCUGACUAGGGUCUACUCAGACUCUGACAUUGUAAAUGUUCAGUACAUUGAAGCUCAUGGAACUGGAACCCCAGCUGGAGACCCUAUAGAGGCAAAAAGCAUCUCCAAUGUCAUUGCAAAAGCCAGACCUUCAGGUUUGGAGACACUCAGAAUUGGCUCUGUAAAAAGCAACAUCGGGCACACAGAGUCUGCAGCUGGGGUAGCCGGACUUAUUAAGGUUCUACUAAUGAUGAAGCAUGAGACUAUUGUACCAUCAGUCUUCUAUUCUGAUGAGACCUCCAGUGUUGAUGCGGGUGCCCUGAACAUUAAAAUUCCCACAGAAACAGAAAAAUGGGAAUCUUCCACUGCGAGACUUGCAGGUGUGAACAACUUUGGUUUUGGAGGAACAAACGCACAUGCUAUUGUCAAACAACACAUACAUUCUCAUUUUGAGCAAAAAAGCGCAGAGAGGCAAGAAAAAUAUUUUGUCAUGUCUGCAAAUUCAUUGAAAUCUCUCACUAUGAUGAUGGAGGACACCAUGAGACAGCUGGAGGCGAUUCAAAAAGUUGAUCUAGAUUCUCUGUUGUACACAUCAGCUUGCAGAAGAAGCCAUCAAAAGCACAAAUACAGAAAGGCCAUUUUGGUGGCGUCUGUAAAUGAGCUCACAGAGACGCUAAAAGCAACUGCUGGCGAAAAUGUGAGCCCAGCCCUCUCACAUCCAAAACUUGUGUUUGUCUUUUGCGGAAAUGGCGUCACUUACCACGGCAUGUGCGGGCAGCUGCUGAAAAAUGAGCCUGCAUUCAGAGAAAAGAUCAAAGAGAUUUCAGACCUUUUUCAAAGUCUGAGCACCCUGAACAUCCUGCACACUCUUGAGAAUGAGUUUGAGAGCACUGGCCUCAACAGCCCAGAUGUUGUCCAGCCGCUCCUCUUUACAGUCCAGGUUGGGAUUACAACCUUACUUGGGCAGUGGGGCAUCAAGCCCGACGCCAUGCUUGGACACUCUGUUGGCGAAGUUGCAGCUGCUCACUGCUCUGGCCUCUUGUCUCUUGAAGAUGCCUUGAAAGUCAUACACUACCGCAGUACCCUACAAGCCACGGUCACUGGUGGGAAGAUGCUUGUGAUCAGUAACAUUCCUGUAUCGCUGAUAACUUCUUCACUUCCUCAGUACUCCGGGAGAGUUUGUCUUGCUGCUUUUAACAGCCCGCAGUCCUGCACCCUCUCAGGUGAUGCAGAUGCAAUUGAAAGCAUCCACCAGAAGCUCCGCAACUCAGAUAACAGUCAGAGUCUGUUCUUUCAUGUCCUGGAUGUCCCUGCUGCUUACCACAGCCACAUGAUGGACCCAAUCCUGCCAAAAAUAAAAAACACAAUUGGAGUCUUAAAGGAGCGGGACCUCAACACAGAGUUGAUCUCUACGGUUACAGGCAAACACGUCCAGCAGGGAGACUUCUGCUCAGGUGAAUACUGGGCGAGAAAUAUUCGUGAGCCUGUUGCUUUUGAGCAAGCAGUGAGGUCUGCAGCCGAAGGACAGAAGAGUACAGUCUUUGUAGAGAUAGGACCAAAGCGGGCACUACAGAGAAACAUUAUGGAAACCCUUGGAAACAACACGGCAGUUCUUGCCUCGGUUGAGCCCAACAAAGAUCACAGAUCCGUCAUGACUGUUGUUUCUAAAAUGUUUGAACUGGGCAUUCAGGUAGAUUGGAACACCUUCUACAAAGGUUUUGAGACAACACCGCUGCCAUUUCCAAGAUACCACUUUGAUUGCACUGACAGGGAUGUGAUCAUCGGAGCAGCUCAGAAUAAAAAAACAAGCAGUCAUCCUGUUCUCUGUCAGACUGGAAGUGAGAGCGACAGUUUCAGCUGUGAUCUCACAUCGGAGUCCACCUUCUUCUUAAAAGAGCACAAGCACAACAACGUACCCAUCGUCCCCGGCUCCUUCUUUGCCGAGUUGGGUUUAGCUGCAUUCCUGGCCCAUGCUAAACCAAAGGUUCCCCUCAACUCACUGCAACUCAAUGUCAAUUUUCUGAAACCCUUCACUUUAAGCCACAACUCACCUGAGAUGAAGGUGCAACUAGUUAAAAAAGAUACAGAAACUAGCUUCACUGUGUUCUCUUCAUCUGCUGUGUAUGCAUCAGGCACAGUGGCUUCAAAGAAAGAGAGGCUGAUUGAAGAACAGAGCAUUUCACUGGGCUCCAUCUUAAAAAGAUGCACAUCUAUGAUGAGCUCUCAGGAUUUCUAUAACUAUCUCUCUCAAGGAGGCUUUCGGUAUGGAUACAUCUUCCAGAAUAAGGCAGAUGUGCACUAUGGGGAAGACCUGAUGGAGGCUUUUGCAUCUGUCAUUGUUCCAGAGGAGCUGCACCCUCAUUUGCAUGACUACUACAUUCAUCCUGUUGUGUUGGAUUAUCUCAUGCAGCUUCUCCCAGUCACUGUACAGCACGUCUUUAAUGGUAGACAAGGAUUUCCUGCAAAAAUAAGAAGUCUGACAGUAUUUGAACCUUUUCAAACUGAGAUGAUAGUCUACCUGAGAGCAAUGGAUGUGGGUGUUGACCAGUUUGAGGUAUCUGGUUGCUUUGCAGACAAGAAUGGCAAAGUGUUGGUUGAGGUCAAGCAUGUUGUAAUCAAGUACCUUGGCAGUCACUCUCAUGUGGUUGAGGAGUACUUCUACCAUAAUGUUUUCAGUGAAAUCCAUGAAGGGGUCAGUUCUUCUCCACCUCCAAAGGCUUUGGUCUUCUCUGACCCUCUGGGGAUCUCAACAAGUCUGGAACAACAUCUUGACCCAAAAUCUCAAUAUGUUUCUUUCAGGCAUGCCGAACAUAUCCUGAGCCAUGGACUUCUUUCUCUCAUGGAGAAUCUGAACAUCACAGACAUUGAGAAAAACUUUGAUGAGGUGUUAUUUUUGUGGGGUAAAGAAGACCUCACUUCACUAUCUGCUGAUGUCGUCUUGCAGAAUCUGGCAAGCUGCUGUGAGAUUUUCCGCCAAAUAGUGGUCGAGCUGAAGCGGAUUCACUUUCCGAAAGCGAUUAGAGCUGUAACCUUAUGCUCAUCUGACCUCACUGUAGAUCACAUAGGUCCAGGCUUUGCUCUUGCUGGUAUGACCAGGUCAUUUGCUGCAGAGAUACCUGAACUUUCUUUUCAGCUGAUUGACAUAAGCAGUAUCUCUGACAAGGACAUUGCAGCUUUGUCUGAAAUCCUGAGAUCCUAUCCGUGCAGCAACAACCCAGAGUUGGUGGUAGAAGAUGGGCGGAUCUUGAAACCUUCCAUUGUCCACACCCCAUUGGAAAUCCCAGACAAUACAGAAGGCAGUUACACUUCUGCAAUGCUUGAACCGUGCAUCUUUCAGACAGCGGAUGCAGAAAAGAUGAGUCAAUUGAGCGCUCUUUACUCUGACAAGGAGCCCAGUCCAAUCAGCCACUCGUCUGUUGAAAUUCAACUAAGUAAGAUUUGUGUUCAUUCAUCUGAUUACUUCCCUGUCAGUGCUUCACAUCUAAAAUUUGGUCAGACGUUGUACUGGGAAAAACACACAACUCAGAAGCACAACCUGCUCGCCCUUGACUUCAGCGGUAUCAUUACUGCAGUUGGAAAAGACGUCAGGAAACUGAAAGUUGGAGACCAAGUUGCUUCUUGUUACCCCGUUGUGGCUGCUGGUAAGGUCAGAGUUCCAGAGGAUGUUUGCUACAGCACCAAAAGGCUGUCAUUCCUCCAAAAGACACCAUGUGUAUCUUUCAUUGUGCUGGCAUGGGAGAUCUUGCACAAUGCCUUGCCAAGUACCAAACAGAAUUUAGGUAUCCUGUGUUCUGUAACAGACUCUGCUCUGGUAAAGAUCUUGGCUCUUGCAUCUUACAAAUCAGGUUGGAAUGUGAUUAUUGGUACACAGUGCGAUCACUUCUUUGUAAAUGUGAGUCAAGUGGAUACAUUUGUCAUUCUGCCACCAGUUGAUGAAUCAUUGAUUGAUCAAAUUUGCAACUUUCCAGGGGUCAAAGAUGUUGUUGUUGUCUGUGGAUAUCAGAUGCAAAAUUUACUUGCUAAGGAACUGUUCCACAGCAUUGAGAGCAGUGUUUAUGUACAGAUGAUUCAGAUGCACAUCAUUUUACAAAAAGGAUACCUGAGAGCACACAGAUCCCACAUUCAUCACUGGCUGAAGGCCCUGAACCUGAGACAGGACUUUGCUUUGGAAAGCUUCACCUUUCAGAAUAUGAAUUCUGAAAUCAAGGAUCUUCAUUCAGAGAAACCACAGUCAUACUUCAGUUCAAAUCAACUGGCCAUGGUAGCUCUGGAAAAAGAUGCUAGUGGUUCCUCAUCUGACAUUCCACUGAUCCAAUCAAAAAAGCAGCUCUUCAAAGAAAGAUCUGUGUACAUAGUGGCGGGUGGUCUCUCAGGUCUGGGCUUUGAAACAGUCAAGUUCAUCUCACAAAGAGGCGGCAAACUCAUAGUUAUCCUCUCCAGGAGCAAGCCCACACCCGAAGUGCAGCAAGAAAUACACAAAGUGGAGAAACAGUGCAGAAACAGCAUCACCAGCAUGGAGUGUGACAUAUCGGUGUCUGCACAUGUGCACAAGGUUAUCAGUGUCAUUGGAGAGAAGUUCCCUGAUUGUCCAAUCAGAGGAAUUUUCCACAGUGCAGUUGUCUUGCAUGAUGGGCUGAUUGAGACUCUUAACAAGUCUCUUUAUGAGAAGGUUCUCAAACCCAAAGUAAAUGGUGUACUGAAUUUGCACCAUGCCACGCAUCACUGCCGUUUGGACUACUUUGUGUGUUACUCCUCCAUCUCAGCUUUCCUGGGAAAUGAAUCACAAACAAACUAUGCAGCAGCUAACGCAUUCCUUGACAUGUUCUGUCAGUACAGGCGAAAACUAGGGCUGCCAGGUCAGUCUAUCAACUGGGGGGCACUGAAUCUGGGACUGCUCCUGAACAAAGAGCAUUUCCAGCGCUUCCUUGAGGCAAAGGGGGUCAUGGUUUUAGACGUGGCAGAGAUACAUAAAAGCUUAGAGCAAUGUCUCAUUCUCAACCGACCCCAGCAAGCUGUUUGCAGGUUUAACUUCAGGAACAUCAGGUACAAUAUCCGUUCCCAAAAUGCGGCCUUGACCAUGCGCCUCUCCAAGUUAGUUGAAGAGGCCUUCCAGAAAUCCAAAGAGGUGGUUUCUUGGACUAGACAAGCCGAUUGCAUUUCACCAAGAGAGUACAUCAUGUCUCUGCUCAGUAAGAUCAUCCUCAUAGAACACAGUGAAUUGAGAGAUGAGUCACUGCUUUCAUCCUUAGGCGUUGACUCAAUGCAGGCCAUGACUCUGCAGAAUCUGAUCUAUCAGGAGAGAGGUUUGAAAGUGCCUUUAGUGAAACUUUUGGAUCCCAAAGCCACAUUGUCAACAGUGGUGGCCAUGCUGAGUAUGGGAUUAGAGGGGGGAAAAGACAGAGAGAUUCCUGAAGCUGGCGACAUGGGCGAUGUUUCAACCAGAUUGUAA